AUGUCCGAUCACGAUGAAGUUGCCUCUGGCUCGGGUUAUAACACCCCCGUCCCAGAGCUUGACGACCACCGCCACCAGAUCUCAUCCGCUCAGAAGGUUGAUCGCCCUCGCCGCGGUACCGUUGAUACCCUAUAUGGGUCCCGCCAGCAUCUGCAGCCGGCUGCUCCCUAUUCGCCUUCCGAUGUCCGAGUACGAGAUUUCGAAGAAGCAGUACUCGACGAAGAUGAUGAAGGUGUAUCCCCGUUGACGCCGCACAGCCGCAGGCCUACUUUUAAUUCUACCAACGAACAGCAGCGUGCCGUGUCUCCCCCGAACUCGGUCAAAGCGUUCGCAGAAGCUCGUCGCCGCGAACGUGCCCUCUCCAUCACAGAUGUUCGCGCGCAAAAGUCUGAUGAGGGUGAGGCUCUUCAGCGGACCUGUUCUUCUACCAGUCGCAACAGCCGUGUAAGCCAACGCUCCGGCCGUAGCAGGCCUGGUACUUUUCUUGCCGACGACGGAGCAAGUUUAGCAACCAACAAAACUGCGGAGGACGAUGUGUGUUUCCCCGUGCAAGAAGAGCAUCGCCGCGACCAGCUACAUAUCGAUUUCGACUACCUUGAGAACUUCAUCGCAUCCGAAAACGCUGCACGCAAGGAAAGCUUCGACGCUCAAGAGGCCGUUCGAGUAUUCCCAAAUUUAAGACAGAAUUCAGUAACUCCUCCUCCGCCUAUGAUUACCGUCGAUGGCGACUUCAUCAAUAUUCCAUCAGGUUUGUCGGAUGUCGACCACGAGAAAAUGCCACAGGCGCCCGAGAUACAAGAAGCAACGCCAAAACCGAUCGAUAAAGAGCACCUAGACCCUAACCGCUUUAGCUUUUUCUCUUCCGCAUGGGAAUCUACUAUCCAUGCCGCCGAAUUCGGAGACCUGGUCCUUCCAGGCGAGGAUUUGCGUGGUCUCUUCACUCUACCUCGGGACGAGCCGGAUGGCGUGUGGUGGUUAAACGUCAACAGGCCAUCUGAAGAGGAGGUCCGGGCUCUAUGCAAGGCCUUCGGGGUACACCCCCUAACGAUUGAGGAUAUCACGACUCAGGAGCCCCGCGAGAAGAUCGAAAUUUUCCCAUCGUAUUAUUUUGCCUCAUUCCGGUCCUUUAACGUCGUCCAAGACGAUGACGGCCCCGACUACGAGCCGUAUAAUAUUUACGUUGUGGUCUUCCGCGAAGGUACCCUCAGUUUUAGCUUUUUGCCAAACACCCACGCCUCUCUGGUCCGAAAGAGAAUCUCAAGCCUGAAGGAUUACGUUUCCUUGAGCAGUGAUUGGAUCUGCUACGCUCUGAUUGAUAACAUCGUCGAUUCAUUCGCUCCUGCGAUUGACAGGGUGGAGUCACUCACCAUGUCCAUCGAAGAUUCGAUCUUUGUCGCCCGGCCAACUGACAACAAUCUAUUCCUACGCAAGCUCGGCAACGUCCGCAAGAAUACCCUAGCUCUCAUGCGAGGACUCGGUGGCAAGGCCGACAUCUUGAAGGGCUUCACCAAACGCUGCAAUGAAGACUACAAAGUCACACCACGGAUGGAUAUAGGCAUGUACCUUGGCGACAUCCAAGAUCACGUCGUCACGAUGAUGACCAACCUCACCCACUUCGAGAAGAUCCUAUCCCGCGCCCACAGCAAUUACAUCGCCCAGUUAACCAUGGAUAGUAUUACGCAAGGAACGGAGACUAAUGCAGGGCUGAGCAAGAUCACGUUUUUAGCUACUAUCAUCGUGCCGCUCAACGUCGUCACGGGUCUAUUCGGCAUGAACGUCCAUGUUCCUUUCCAGGAUGACGAGAACAUCACUGCUUUCCUCGUCAUCUUAGGAUGUCUUAUCUUCUUCUGUACAACCUGUCUAAUCAUCGCGCGCAGGAUACGGCUUAUCUAG